AUUACCCGUUUUAAUUUUUGUUGAGGCCGGCCGGCCAUAGAUAGCUAAAGGGAGGAAAGCCCCGUAUAUUCAUUCAUCCAAAACACUAUUUCGUACUACGCCUGUAAUAUUCGACAUUCGCAGGUGCCAUGUAGUUACGCUACGUGUUGUUGUCAUACUGUCAUAUGCACCUUGGUUAUCUUUUUAAGUAAGUCAUUCAUCGGCUUUUCUUGUCUCACCUCUUCUAAAUUGUUUACCCAGCUGACUGAUAUAAUCCUUUUCCACUGUUUUGUCACCUUUUCUUUUCUUUUCUUUUCUUUUUUUAAACGCUUUUCUUCUUCUUGUUCCUUUUGAAUUAAUUCUCAUAGGAAUCUCAAGAGCUUAUAAUAUCCCAUCUACUUACCUCCCCCCCUCUCCUUUCGUCAUCUAAAUAUUAUUUAUUACCUUCUUUUACCUACACCCAUCCUUGGGUUUAAAUAUCACCCCCCCCCUCCCCCCCCUUUCUACGGCCGAUUAUACCCUUUAUUAUUUUUUUUUUUUUUUUUUAAAAAAAAACUGGGAAUAAAAUAGUGGCUCAAUCUUCAAUCUUUCUGACCUGCAUAGCAUAUCGACAACAAAGAUAGAAAACAGCCAUGAGGGAUCCUUUCCCUAUUCCCCCUAUCCCCGCCCUCAGCGAGGCCGUCCGACCAUGGGCAGACCACUUCGGGUUACCGACGUUGCCGUUGCAUAUUCAUGAGGUCAUCUUAAUGGCUUCUGUCUAUUUCUUCAUCGGCAAAGUCGUCUCGCCCAUCCUAUCGAGCCGAAUUUUCCCUACCAAAUAUACGGCCCUCUCCAGGAGCAAGAAGCUGAGUUGGGACGUCCACGUCGUCUCCUUCGUCCAGAGCACCACCAUCAACAUUCUUGCACUAUGGGUUAUGUUCGUCGACGAGGAGCGCAAGAAUAUGGAUUUGCAAGAGCGCGUCUGGGGAUAUACUGGAGGUGCGGCUAUGAUCCAAGCUCUAGCCGCCGGUUAUUUCCUAUAUGACCUUAUUAUCACCGCUGCCCACCCUAAUAUUUUCGGUCUUGGUAUGCUCGCGCAUGCCAUUAGUGCCUUGGCCGUCUAUUCCUUUGGUUUCCGCCCGUUCCUCAACUACUAUAGCACUAACUUCAUCCUCUGGGAGCUUUCUUCGCCUUUCCUCAACAUUCAUUGGUUCUUUGACAAGCUGGGUAUGACUGGGUCUAGGGCACAACUCUACAACGGCCUGAUACUUAUUGCCACCUUUUUCUCUUGCCGUCUUGUCUGGGGAACCUAUCAAUCCUUCUUGGUGGCCCGCGACUUAUGGGCGGGCGUAAACUCGACACCAACGGUCCUAACAGCUCUCACUCCCGGAGAACUUCUCGAAGCGUCAUUCCCUUCCCAGUAUACAAAUACCAUGCGUUUCGUUACUCGGCCGAAUAGCAUCCCACUGUGGCUUGCCGCUGUAUACACCGCUAGCAACCUAACCCUGAACUCGUUGAACUUCUACUGGUUCUUCAAAAUGAUCGACGCUGUUCGUAAGCGGUUCGACCCCAAGGAGAAGGAAGUCAAGGUUGAGGAAAAGCCGGGACAGGACAAGGCAGUCACCACUGGAGCCCAGCCUGGUAAUGAUGAGUUAAAGACUCGCCGGCGCCGGCGCACUUUACUUGACGGAGAAGAAGCAGAUGAGCCCCCACCGAUCUGAUAUUGCGAAUAGAGAAACAUCGAUUAUUUACAUGGUCCUUCGGCGCUAUGAUUGAUUACUAAAAGCUCCGAAGCAGUCUCUUGGCCCCUUAACAGCGAGGUGACAACACAACGACCCCAAAUUUGAGACGCGUGGUCUUUGAUUAGCAAGCCGUGACGUGAGGUGAAGGAGAAGCUAAUAUGAAGGCGAACUCAGCCGCACUAAGGUGCCCAGUCAUAACUUAGGGACAUUCGUACGGAACAAGAAGCUUGAUGAAUGAGUUUUAUGUCAAUUUCGUUGGCCAGCUAAUCAAUAAAUGAGAAGAAGAUAAAAAUUACGAAUACUAAGAUAGUUUCUACGUUAUAACGCAGGUGAUCUGGUGAUGUUCUAUACAAGGCAGGCAUAGUAAUUGAUCCAUUUAACUAGCCGCCAAUAUCACCAUACACGCCAUCAUACUCGUAACAGCACACGAAUCUCGGCAUAUUCUCAGCAGCAUCAUGGCAAAAAGGCCGACAUGAUAACUUCUCAGUAAGAAAAGAGAUCUUCAGAUUCGAUAUCACAUAGGAAAUCUAGCCUAGUGUACGUCCUGAAAUGGGCCAACAAAUUAUUAAAAUUUAAAUUAAAAUAAAAAAA